AUGGUGGCGCGCAGAAAGAAGCGUGCGGCGCAGCCGGGCGCCGAGCCCCCCGGGGUCCUCGCGAGCCCGCCGGGCUACUCAGCCGUCCCCAUCAAGUUCUCCGAGAAGCAGCAGGCGUGCCAUCACCUCUACCUGCGAGAGCACCGGGUCCGGGAGGGUGCCCGCUCGGCCUGGCCGCAGAAGCGCACCCUCUUUGUCCUCAACGUGCCCCCAUACUGCACGGAGGAGGCCCUGGGCCGCCUCCUGGCCCCCUGCGGGUCCGUCCAGUCUGUGGAGCUGCGGGAGAAGCCGGACCUGGCCGAGGGCCCCCAGGAGCCCAAGUCGGUGUUUUUCCACCCCAGGCCUGUUCCGGGCUUCCGGGUCGCCUACGUGCAGUUCCAGAAGGCGCAGGGGGUGCGGGCCGCCCUGGCGCUGCAGGGCCCGCUGCUGGUGUCCACCGAGAGCCACCCCGUGCCCAGCGGCGUUCACAAGUGGAUCCGGGACUACGCCGACUCCGUGCUGGACCCCCAGGCCCUGCAGGCGGAGGUGGACGCCUUCAUGGAGGCCUACGACCGGAAGACGGCCGAGGAGGAGGCCCAGGCCAGGGCGGAGGAGGGCGUCCCCGACGAGGAGGGCUGGGUGAAGGUGACGCGCCGCGGCCGCCGGCCCGGGCUGCCCCGCACCGAGGCGGCCAACCUGCGCGUGCUGGAGCGCGAGCGGCGCAAGCGGGCGCGCAAGGAGCUGCUCAACUUCUACGCCUGGCAGCACCGCGAGUCCAAGAUGGAACACCUGGCGCAGCUGCGCAAGAAGUUCGAGGAGGACAAGCAGCGCAUCGAGCUGAUGCGGGCGCAGCGCAAGUUCCGGCCCUACUGAGCCGCCGCGAGUGGCCGCCAGGGGCCGCGCGCCCAGCACCGAGACUCCCCGGGGCUGCCCGGGCCGGACUGUUGGGCGCCUUUGCCCCCAGGUCCCUGAGUGAGGCCUCGAGAACGGGACGGGAACUUUAUUGUCAUCCCCCAGGGGUGGCAGGGGCCAGGGCCAGUCUCCCUCCAGCCACGCCCCAGGACCCCCGCCUCGGGGUCCGCCCUCACUCCUUGCUCUGCAAGAAGCUGCCCACGGCCCCCGCCACGGCCUCCGGCUGGUUCAUGUGCACGUAGUGGUUUCCGGUCACUUCCACGAACUGGAACCGCUGCAGGAUGAACACGUGGUCAGUCAGCGGGGCGGGGCAGGGGGCCACCGGCCACGCUCUGCUCCGGCCGGCCACAGGCCCCUCAGCCCCCCCCCCCAGGCGUGCCACGCUUCUGGGGACCCCAACACCAGGCCGGAGAGCAGGUGUUCUUUGGGGGGUGGGCGGGAUGCAGGGACCCAUCCCCACCCUGGACAGCCCUUGGGGGGAGAGCCAACCUCCCCCCAAGCAGGGAC